AUGGCUUCAAUAAAUUUCACUUCGACAACGUUUCCAAUAUCGCACACCUAUACCAACUAUCAGCCACGGGACCGUGCGGACACCGCCGCAGUCGACUGCGGGACACCGGGUCCGCGUUACACGCGCUGGCAGCAGUUCCGGACCUCUCGCCAUUCUCAAACUGUCCACGGACAACCGCGCAAGCUGACGCCGGACGGGCGGACGGACCUGUUGGAUGCGCUGGCACGGUUCUCCUACUUCGACCGGUGGUCGGACGAGCAGCGGCGGGACUGCUGCCACCGGGCCCAGAUCCGCCAGUUCGAGCCGGACCAGACGGUGUUCGUGGAGGGGCAGGCCCCCGUUAACUACGCGCACUUCAUGCUGAGCGGCGAGUGCGGCCUGCUGCAGUGCCUGAAGCUGCACCGGUGGCGGGACAGCCGGACGGCGACGGUACGCUACCGACUGUCACGCGCGCAGCCGACCGAGGACGAGAUUACCCGCUUUCAUCGGCGCCGGGCGCAACGGGAGGACGCACUGCACACGGUGGAGCCUUUGCCGACGGUCGGACCGAGCAGACCGCCACCGCCGACUGGCCGGGACCGGAUCGAGUACCAUUUCGUCGACAUUGCGACGUACAGCCGCGGCUCCGUGUUCGCCAUCGGCGAGCACAUGGUCGACCGGGCGGUGUACGCUCGCACGCCCGUCCAGUGUCUGCUGAUACCGCGCUACUGGCUGCUGGAGAAGCCGCAGAACCGGGGCAACAUCUGGAACCGCGUACGGUGUUUUCUCGAGCAGCGGCAACCGUCCCGCGAUCGGCUGUUUCGCUGGUUCCUCACCGAGCUGCUGUGGCACCGGUACCGCCGCCAGCUGGUGGACGAUUUCCGGCUGGUGCAUGCGCCGCGCCAUCUGCCCCGCUCGAGCGACGUGCCGCUCGUGUGCCGCAUCGAGGAGUGUGAUGUGCAGCGGCACGACCACGACUGA